CUUUGGGGCAGGCGUUUGCUGGUCCCCAGAAAUUGGGCUUUUUUCUCGAGGGCCCAUCUGGUGAUUUUCUCCGCUUUACCUCGAACUUCGUGACGUGCGUUGUAACUUGGACUUCCCUUUUCGCGAUUCUCUGAAGCAUGCAUUCGACUCUGGUAUCCGGGUGGACCUUGACCAACUUGGGUCCUCUGACAACAACCUACACGGCACCUCCAUCAUGCUCAACGGAAUACUCGUCCAUCCGCAUUGGCGGGACACACGUUGAUGAACAAAACAUCACUCAAGUCUACUACGUGGGCGACGUGUGCGACCAGCCCCCGGUCCCAAGUAUUGGAAGCUGUCUGCCGUCCGGUGCGAAGCUCGACGAGCACUACAGCACAAUAGACUUCCGCCAGGUGCCGUUGAACACAACGUGUGCGUACUACUCUCCGGGUUUGAUGUGUCCGUCCGGCUGGGAGACCGUCGGCGGUGCCACCAAGGCAGAGGGAGGCUCCAUCACAAGUUCCGGCCCGGGCUUCGCCAGGCCGUCCGGGGAUGGUGGGGACGUAUCAGAUCUCAAAUACGUCAACAACGUCGGCUCAAAUGUCAUUUUGGCCGCCAUGGACGAUGGUGACGAAGCUAUACUGUGCUGCCCUAGCGCCUUUACUGUCGACCCAUAUGGGCAAUGCACGUCGGUGAUACAAACUUACAGUGUGCCUGGAGACUACUGUAGGAGGUACUUGGGCGAAGGCCUCAGCGGUGAAUGGGUUAAUACGACUCUCAGCAUUUGGGGGACGACCGUGACCGGCUCGUCGCCCUCUAUCACCGGUACCGGGACUGUAUCGAUUGUGACACAGACGAUCGACGACGACGAAAUCUCAGAGUACGUCGGCUUCUCCGUGGAGCCGAUGCUGUAUCUUGUAUAUGCUGCCACGGAUACGGCUGGGGUUACAUCUUCGGCGACAUCGUCUUCCGCUGCCUCUCCGUCCUCGGCUGCUUCGGCGACCGCCAGGAGCCCGCAGCUGGCCUCUAUUGCGCUCGUAUUAUCAACGAUGGUCCUGGCUUUUCUGUCGGGCUUUAUGUUGCUGAUGGGUUGAUGCGCUCAGUUGUUUGCUAAUAAUACAUGCCCGGUCAAGUCCACCAGCUCGAGCGCUCACAUGGUACUCUCAUUCGUAGAUAUCAACGAUAGUGAUGCUCCUAAAAUACAGUGGCAGUUUCCAGAA